AUGAUUGGUCCCCGGGCUUCUUCGGGGGCAGUUCUCCGUGCGCUUCGACGGGAGAAGCUUUUUCCCAUUCUCCACCCCCGCCCCCCUCUCGGUGAAUUUAAAGCGGACACCCAGCUGCUCCCGUCCUUCUCCAUGGCUGGGGGAAGCGAGCCAAGAGCGCGGGGUUCGCCGGUGCGCCACGCUCCAGCAGCCGCCCAGGACGGAAGGCAACCCCGCUGUGCCUUUGCGCUGUAGGAGUUUCCCUAAAGGAUUUUCAUGGUUGGACAUACCUGCAUGGAGAAAAAAAUGGGUGAAGCUGUUGCCAGAGUAGCUAAGAAGGUGAAUGAAACCGUUGAAAAUCAAGCAGAUUCUCUUGAUCUGGCAGAUUGCAAAUUGAUUACAUUCCCUAUCGCUCUUUAUAAAGUCAUGAGGCAUGUCGCUGAAGGCAUACAUCUCAUCACGUUGGCCAACAAUGAGCUGAAGUCUGUGACCAGCAAAUUCAUUAUCACUUUUAGCCAGCUGAGAGAACUUAAUCUGGAAGGGAAUUAUAUUCAUCACCUGCCAGAAGAGGUCCGAACCCUGUUACACCUGAGAAAUAUCAACCUGUCCAGGAACAAAUUUCAUACUUUUCCUGACCAGCUGACUUCUUUGCAGGCUCUUGAAAUGAUCAACCUUGAAGAGAAUGAGAUUACAGAUGUUCCUGUUGAGAAACUUGCUUGCAUGGAAUCUCUGCAGUGUGUGAACUUAAAAUCCAACCCAUUGAAUGAGGAGGUUCGGGUAAUUGCCAAGCCACUAAUCAAGUUUGACCUUCUGACAUCUCCAACUGUUCCACAAAUUUGAAGCCACGUCUGACCUGGAUUUGCAGCCGUAGGAAGUUGCAGUGAAAGAGGGAAAGGAAAUGCCACAUUUGCUGAGCUACACCACUCCUAAGCUGCAUCGCUCUGCAUGGGUUAGGUUUAUGAGCUUCCAGAGUUGCAAAAAGUGUGAUGAUUUUUUUUUUGCAAAGUGAUGGCGGUUGCAGCCAGAACUAUUAUGUGCUAAACUGUGGAUCCAUAGAAAAUAGGUGACUAGAGAGGACACUUUUCAUUGAAUGGUGAAAAGGAGAGAAGGGAGGACAGUGCCUUUCUAGGCCGUAACCACAGAGAAAGAGGAAGGGCAAAAGUGACCAACUGUGUGCCUAGGAAAUGUUUAGAUGGUGUGGAUGUGUAUAGCUGAGAAAAGAGGAAAUCAAUCUGUGAUUGGAAAAUUGCUUGCAAGUUCAUGAAAAAAGAACAGUUUUCAACUUGGGUGAAUUUAGAUUCCAUUCUUUCAAGUUUUAUCUUCUCCACUUAUAUGCAAGGAAAACCAAGGAGCACUUGUUUCUUUACUUACAGUGUUUGCAGAGGACAAUUAAAUACAUCAAGGAUAAAUAUACAUCUAGAUUCAGAGACACUCUAAAAGAUUAAUGUGGUCUCAAGAGUACAAAAUAUAACCUAUUAGCUGUCAGGUGCAAAAGAUUAGGAUGAUACAUUAAGUUACAACAUAGAAAAUUUAUUCAAGCCUACACACAAGAAUCUAGUCAAGUAAAGUUCAGUACUUAAUUGGCGAUAAGUAUCAGCAGAAUUUAAGAGGAGUUAGACUUGGACUGUUUCUG